AUGUCCACCCAAUCUGAACACUCAAAGUCAAUAUUCCGCAAUACACUUCGAGGAGAGGAUGCAUACUCUAGGCAUCAGAGAUACGUGCAUGACUAUAUCGACUAUUAUGGUGGUCGAAAACAAGUCCAGGAGAAGAAAACAGACUUUGACGUCCUCAAGGCUGCCCAUCGGUUUAUAAGAGACGAAGGAGAUGACUUGAGCAAGCUGUCUUAUGCGGAUCAGCUUGCGGUCAAAUAUUAUUCCCAGCUGUUCAAAGAGUUUGUCAUCUGCGAUCUGAAGCAUUAUAAGUCUGGUGCUAUAGCACUAAGAUGGCGAACAGACACGGAAGUGGUAGACGGUAUCGGACAGUUCACUUGUGCCAACCCGCGUUGUGCGCACCACUCUCCCACUCAAGGACACAAGACACCCAAGCUGACAGCUUACGAGCUGCCCUUCUCCUAUGUAGAGGAGGAUAAAGAGAAGAACGCGCUAGUAAAGGCUGUGCUGUGCGAGCGAUGUGCGAGGAAGCUGGUCUGGAAGAGAGAGAGAGAUAGGGAGAAAAGAGAAGAAGGAGAGAAACUGAUGCCUACGGUUGUGGAUGAUGACGUGCCUCACGAGCCACCAAAGCGCAUCAGAGAACACACAGAGGAUGAAGAGGAGGAAGAGUAUGGACCCACCAGACCGCCACAACUGGAUUCAGAUCAUCGGAGAUCACGCUCUCCCAGACGAGAAUCGGACGAGAGAGAGAGGUACGCUCGCAGGCGACGUUCUCCUAAUACACCCGUGUAG